AUGGCUAUUGCAACGAGUGACGCGCAACUUUUCGAGGGUGUCUUCAAGGUCACCGAGGUCAACCAGCAAAAGUACGACCGCGUGGCGCGCAUAUGGGCACGUUCCGAUGCAUCGACCGACCUGAUGGACAUGACCCUCGACAUCAACACCGAGCUGUUCCCUAUGUCCGAGGGUGACGUUUUCCGCGUAGUCCUUGCCACGUCCUUGUCGCUCGACGGCAGCAAGGACGACGACAAGGCAGGCUGGCGCGAUGCCACAAAGCUUGGCGGCCCACCGACUCUGGCCGACAGCUUCGACUAUGUUUGCCACGGCAAAAUCUACAAGUUCGAGGAUUCCGAGGAUGGCGACAACAUCAAGGCGUAUAUCUCCUUUGGCGGGCUUCUGAUGUGUCUUAAUGGCCCUUACAAGAAGCUCACUCCUCUACGGGUGGACUAUAUCUACUUGCUCAUCAAAGGAAACAAGGACUAA